AUACAAAUGUGAUGAAUUCAAUGAAACAGUAUCUUAUUCUAAUUUUUAAUUUUUGCAGUUAAACAAAUAUAUCGCGGCUUUCUAGUAUUUUUCGUCGUUUAUUAAUUACAUUUGUUUGAAAAAGAUCUGAAAAGAGCCCAAAUAUUUCUGCGUUAGGUAUUUCAGAUCAAUAUGAUAUAAAAGAAGAUUAAUAAAAACGGAUUAUUUCGAUGCAUGGUGAACUACAAUACAUACAAGUUUAUUGCGCUGUACUAGAUUUUUUAAUGUCUAGAGAUAGAAUUGGUGGUAUUGUGUAUAUUUCGUAGAUGUAUUUUUAUUAAAUAAUUACAAUAUGUCCGAAAUGUACGAAAUAUUUGUUUAGCUAAAGUUGUAACUCCGCAAACAUUUACGCAAACAAUUUAAAUAUUAUUCAAUCAUAGACGAUCGCGAAUCAUAAAGGCAUCUAUUUGAUUUCAGACGCAAAUUACCUUUUGAGUUGCGUGAGGGAUGACACGGUGAAAUUGAUUGAUCUACGAAUGAAGAAGAUUGUUGGGUCCUUCAGUGCUGACGGCUUCAAAGUGGGAUUCGAUUGGACAAGAGCCGCUUUCAGUCCUGACGGGCAGUACAUAGCGGUUGGUUCCGCAGACGGUUCCGUCUUUAUCUGGUCUAUAGCGACGAAUAUGAUCGAAACAAUACUAAAGGGACAUACGGCAGCAGUAACUGCCGUAUCUUGGCACCCGCACGGCACGUACUUGGCGUCUGUCGAUCGCGCCAAGACAGUGACAGUUUGGGGCGACCACGUUUGACAGGAGGAGUGAUCCCGGGACAGACGAUUAUUGUUUCACGCAUGAAGAUCUCAUGAGCUUCUCGCAACCGUGAAAACGAAGCGACCGCGCGCGCACGUGUUCGCGAUUCACGUCAGCAAUGCAGCGAGAAAAUCACCCAGUGAACGCCCAGCAGGAGGAUAAUCAAAAUCGUCGGUCGAUUUGGCCGCGCGGGUUGUAAAGCCUUGUAAGGAUGCCGUUUCGAGACUGUAAAACGCAGACACCACACUGAACAAAUCCAGAAACGGUAGAGACUAUUGUACAUAAAAUUGCACUUAUUGUUACUCCCAGGUUGUAAAGAUUCCCUUUUUAGAAUAGUAAAACGCCGCGCCGCGCCGCGCCGUCUACCCAUAGGAAAUUUAAGAGAUUAUUGUAGUUACUGGUGUUUCGAGAUUCGCUAGGUAUAUGCUUUUCUUUACUAUUUCUGAAAGUACAGUCGCGUAUCAAUCGUCUGUACCGGCAAAUUUGGGCGCUCUCGGGGUGGAAAGUCUACAUGUGACAUUUCAUAGUGCUGCGGUAGAACAUUUUUUUUUUGCACGAAUGAAUAUUAACCUGUUAUAAAAUAUAUGCCCCCUAAAAUUUGUUUCUUUUCAACAGAAAGUCAAUUAUUGAAAUAUUUCCUAGCAGAACUGGAUGUUGUCAACAAUCGAGCACGAUAAAUGAUAUUUUUUGAGAUAUAAUGAGAUAAGCAAAUAUAAAUAUACAAACACUAAUGUAAACGCGCUAGAUUUGAAUGAGAUUAUUUCCUCAGAAUUAAUUAGCAUUAUUAUCAAAAACAAUUUAAAAACUAUUUCAUGCCGACAAAAACAAUUAGCUUUACUUUAGUUAUAUAUUAUUUUCCUUGCGUACUGAAAAUUAUGUUAUAGAUAUCAGAUAAUCAUGCUAAGAACUUUGUUCCUAUAAUUUGUAAGAUUAAUUUCCAUUGGAAUAAUCUCACUCUAAUUUACGACAUUACUUGUAAUUUGAUUCGUCAUCAGAUUCUCUAACAUCAGUGAAACUCGUACGUCUUAAUAUGAAUAUGAUAGAAUGGAAAUCAGAAAUAUAUACGGAUUGAAGAAACAAGCACAAUAAUUGUACGAUAUUGAUACUAAUUACGUUACAUUUACACGAUUAAUUUACACAGUUUAAUUAUUUUUACUGAUAAAUGCGAUGAUUAGUUAAUUAAAAUUAUUUUCAUAAAUUUUUUAAAAUAAGCUAAUAUUAAGUCUUAGAAAAAGGAUUAUAAUCAUCUGAUCGCGAAUGGGCUCUACCAAUAUAAAUUAAACGUCGGAUUUUUGCAACUAUGACAGUUUGCUAAGUUUUUAGCAUUAUUGACAAUCACAAAUUUUUUAUUAUCAUAUCGCGCAUAUAAUAUUUUAUUAUGUCCAUCAUUCAGGAAUAAUGUACAACUAUACGAUUUGAUAUUUAUUGUCACACAAAUAUCUCUCAAUGCUAUCUAUCUCGCAAUACUUUUAUUUUUUUUACAGAGCUCUUCGGUCAGUGUGUUUGAUAUUUAUUGUAAAUGUAUUUGCAUAAAAUUAGUAAUAUUUUAUGUAGUAUUUAAAAAAAACAACGCGAUUUUGUUCUCAAAUUUAUAUACCGUUUCGUGAAGCAGCUAUAAAAAAAUUAUUUAAUUGCGUGUUUAUAUAUUAUAUAUAUAAUUGAAUCAUUCUAUAUACAAUACUUAUUUGCCAGUUAUUAGAAGUGAUUAAUUUCCAAUUAUUAAAUAAAGAAUUGGUCAUUGGUUCCCAUAUAGUAUAUACAUAUUUAUAUUAAUAAAAAAAUAAAAUUUUUUUGGUAUCUGAGGAUCUGGACUACAUUUUUGAAGGAAAGAUAUGUGUGUGUGUGUGUGUGUGUGUGUGUGUG